GCCGCCGCCUGCGCGUUUCCACCGAGGAAAAGGAAUCGUAUCGUAUGUCCGCUAUCCAGAACCUCCACUCUUUCGACUCCUUUGCUGAUGCAAGUAAGGGUGAUGACCUGCUUCCUGCUGGCACUGAGGAUUAUAUCCAUAUAAGAAUUCAACAGAGAAACGGCAGGAAGACCCUUACUACUGUCCAAGGGAUCGCUGAUGAUUACGAUAAAAAGAAACUAGUGAAGGCGUUUAAGAAAAAGUUUGCCUGCAAUGGUACUGUAAUUGAGCAUCCGGAAUAUGGAGAAGUAAUUCAGCUACAGGGUGACCAACGCAAGAACAUAUAUGCCAGUUCCUCGUAGAGAUUGGACUGGCUAAGGACGAUCAGCUGAAGGUUCAUGGGUUUUAAGUGCUUGUGGCUCACUGAAGCUUAAGUGAGGAUUUCCUUGCAAUGAGUAGAAUUUCCCUUCUGUCCCUUGUCACAAGUUUAAAAA